AUGGCAGCUGAAAAGUUUGAUGGUCUCGGUGUAGUGACGUGCCAUCUCAUCCAUCCACUUUGUGAACUUCUUUUCUACCCCGACCUUUUCCCCACCAAUCCAACUCCGUGCGCUUUGGGCUGCUGCUACAGCUCAAUUACCUUCAACAUUCCUCCUUCAAAAUCAUCUCGUCGCCCUGCGAACAUACCAUUACGAACAUUGUCCUCAGCACAUCGACCGACUCCUAACCAAGGAUUGCUGGGCUCGGACGAGAAGCAGGGUCGGCGGCCUCCCCUUUCGCGCUCAUCGUCACCUGGCUCCGAAUUCUCGUGGAGUGACACAGGUGAUCUCGCAGAGCAACUUGCAGACGAGGAAGACCCGUUACAAAUUCGAUUACGAGCAUCCCUUGACGAAGAGGUUUUUGGUGGUUCUUCCAAACGAAAGACAAGAAAAAGGGUUCGAUAUAACGACGAGACCAACGGCAAGGAGGAGAAACACUUCCAUCCUGGACUUGUUAAAGAGGAUAUCGAAAUUCCCGAUCCUGGCCCUCGACAGAUCAGUAGAGCUGAGCAUAUCUUAACAGCAAUCAUGACGGGUGAGAGGCAGAUGCACGGCCUGACAGGCCGGCCAUUAGUGUAUUUUACAAGUAUUUUUGUAUCAUUAGGUGUGUUUUUAUUUGGAUAUGAUCAAGGAGUUAUGUCUGGCAUUAUCACCGGACCUUACUUUAAAGAUUAUUUCAAUCAACCUUCUCGAGCCGAGGUUGGUACUAUGGUUGCUAUCUUGGAAAUCGGCGCAUUCAUUUCAUCUCUCGUUGUCGGGAAGGUCGGCGACAUAAUAGGGCGAAGAAAAACAAUUUUGUAUGGGUCCUGCAUCUUCUUCAUUGGAGGUGCACUUCAGACGUUGGCCACUGGUAUGCCUAUGAUGCUCCUUGGUCGCAUUAUUGCAGGUGUCGGCGUUGGCAUGCUGUCAACGAUUGUGCCCAUAUACCAAUCAGAGAUAUCACCUCCUCACAACCGCGGAAAGCUCGCCUGUAUCGAAUUUUCGGGCAAUAUCACAGGAUAUGCGACAUCUGUAUGGGUGGACUAUUUCUGCAGUUUUAUUAAGGGGAAUAUGUCAUGGAGAAUACCCUUAUUGAUGCAGUGCGUCAUGGGUGCUCUUUUGGGUGUUGGAAGUUUGAUCAUCGUCGAGUCACCACGAUGGCUUUUAGAUAAUGACCACGAUGAAGAGGGUAUGGUGGUUAUUGCCAAUCUUUAUGGCGCUGGUGACAUUCAUAAUCAGAAGGCACGGGAAGAAUAUCGGGAAAUUAAGAUGAAUGUAUUGAUGGCUCGCCAAGAGGGCGAGAAAUCUUACAAAGACAUGUUUCGACGAUAUCGUACCCGAGUCUUCAUUGCUAUGUCGGCUCAGGCUUUCGCUCAACUCAAUGGCAUCAAUGUCAUUUCAUACUAUGCUCCACUUGUCUUUGAAUCUGCAGGUUGGCUUGGCCGUCAAGCGAUUUUGAUGACUGGCAUCAACGCUAUCACGUACUUCAUGUGUACUAUACCGCCAUGGUAUCUGGUAGACCGUUGGGGACGACGUUUCAUUCUUCUCAGCGGUGCAAUAGCUAUGGUUAUAUCACUGUCCGCCAUAUCUUACUUCCUAUUCUUGGACAUACCAUCUACACCUACUUUGGUAGUCAUAUUUGUUAUGAUAUAUAAUGGUGCUUUCGGGUUUAGUUGGGGGCCAAUCCCAUGGCUUUAUCCACCGGAGAUUCUACCCCUCAGCAUUCGAUCCAAGGGAGCUAGUUUAUCUACCGCCACGAACUGGGCUUUCAACUGGCUCGUAGGAGAAUUGACGCCUAUCUUACAAGAAUUAAUCACAUGGCGUCUAUACUUGGUCCAUGCCUUUUUCUGUGCAACAAGUUUCGUCGUCGUAUACUUCAUCUAUCCUGAGACAGCCGGCGUAAGAUUGGAAGAUAUGGACAUGAUUUUCGGUGACGCGACUACAGCAAUGCCCACGCCAGCAACCAGAGCCGAAACUGGAUCGUUGAUGGGUGUCAGCUCGCCUGUCCCUUCUGUUGAUCUGAGACGUGGAUAUGGAGGUUCGAAUGGUAUUGGUCCUUCAAGUGCCAUCCCUGGUCUUGAUAUUGACCCACCAAAUGUCUCGAUAGUCAAUGGAAAACCUCAAUAUGGGGUAGAUGAAGAGUCGGGAGAAGGUGUCGGGGGCUGGAUCUCACGCAUGGUGAACCGGAACAGGGGCGAGGGUGGCAGUAUAAAAAGUGGAAAGUAUAAACCAUUAGAUCAAGACGAGGAGUGA